CUCGGGUAUUUCAGCUUUGGUGAAAUCUAAACAAUGAAUCUCAACUCCGAACAGAUACUGCCAGAGGACUUUUAUCUGGCAGAAGAAAGUUUGUUGCUCGAAGAAAUGGUAGAAGAGGAUGACGAAAUCGAUCUAUACAAUGAAGUGACAUUUGGAUUAGAUCAUGAAGAUUCUGAAGAUGAAGGCACUAAAGAGGAGAACCAAAGCAAAACGUCUGAUCAAAAACCCGAGCUGAUUAGUGAGGACGAAGAGCCUUCUAACAAACCGUCAGAGUUGGUAGAAGAAAUAAAUGCUGAAACCUCCAAUCAAGAGGUGGAAAUCAUCACCGAUUCCCAGAAAGAAGCCGACCUCUCUUUAGAAAUGAAGGUUCAGACAGAAAGCACAAGAAUAGAUGAAUCUGACCUGGGAGAUCCAGCGGUGAUGAAGGCCUUUCACGGCCAGCCAGCUCUAGAGAGUGUGGACAGCGCUGUUGUUGACAGUGGAAUGGGCUCCACUUGGACAGAGUUUGAUACAGACUUCGAUUUGACCGGAAUGGAUUCGGGUACUUGGGAAUGUUCCCCUAAAGUAAGAGCGACAUUUGCUGGACAAAUACUGGAGGAUAAAGCUAUUUUGAGAGUGAUGGAUAAGGCACCGUAUUUGCCACCAGCAAACCUGGAGUUCCUGGGCUCCCCGAUGCAACGCGGGUACAUGUGUGCACAGAGGCUGAAGGGUCGCGAGAUGGGCAGAAUGUCCCCCAGGUCAUUCCAACAGCGCUUCCAGCAAUCUCCACUGGUGCCUCGCAGCAUGCGCCCACCUUUUCCAUUCACACCUCCUAGAAGAGCGGCUCCACCAUUCACCCCCAAUCAGUCUCCAGGUUUUUUGUCCCAGACGCCCUUCAGACCAAUGUCUCCUAACAUCAGCACCCCUGUUAGACCAAUGACCCCGAAGAUGGUCAGGAUGCAGUUUGGUCCAAUGUCUCCCAGUCCCAGCAUGUCUCCAUUCUUUAGCCCUCUAGGCAACACACUCCAGAGAUUUAGGGUUCCUGGACAUGUAACACAGCUGCAUCCCCAACAUCGCAGAAUUCUAAGUCAACGACAACGCCCUCAAAGCUCUAGCCGUAAGCAGUGGGAUAGCAGAUCUGAUCCUUAUGCGAGUUUGAUGUCUCUGAAGGAGAAGGAAUGGGUGAUCAAACUGCAAAUGAUCCAGCUACAAAGUGAAAACCCGCAUCUAGAUGACUAUUACUACCAGACUUACUACGAGAGGCUGGAGCGGCGGUUGGCUGAGGAAGAACUUUUGGGUGAACGCAAAAAGAAGGAACCUCCUAAACUUGUUACGCCUUAUAUCCAGAAAGCAGAAACCUAUGAAUCUGUGGUUCACUUUGAAGGUUCUCUUGGACAGGUGGCAGUUUCAACCUGCUACAGUCCUAGGAGAGCGAUAGAUGCCAUUUCCUAUGUAAUGCCAGAUGAGGAUAUUAAAGCCCUUGGUUACCAGAGGGUGAGGGUCCUCCGACACAUUGAAAAGCUCUUUAUAAGGUUGCUGGAAGUGGAGGAGGUAGAAAGGAAAAUGCCUCAAAUGCCUGAAGACCAACACAUCCGCUACCAACAAAAACAGAACUACAAAGUGCAAAGCAUCUAUGAAGCGCUGAAGAUUGGAUUGUGCAGCUGGGAAGAUGAAUCAGAGGAUGAGUUUCUGCAGAUUCUUCAGGUUGGGAAGGGGAAGAAGUUAGUUGCUCGGCUCCUUCAGUUCCUCCACAGCGAACAGGCGGUGGAAAUCCUAUUGACUGUUGUACAGCAUUUGUCCUACCUCAUAAACAAUGACACCACUGAAAAGUCCCUUCCAGUACUCUACAGACCUCUGACAUCUAUAGUUAAUGGGCUGCCAUUCACUGAGCUGAUCCGAGUAAUUCAAGAACUUACCAGGCCUUUGCCGGAGAGCCUAGAUUUGCCACUCACGUUAGCAUUCCAGAACCAGUUUGGAAUCUCCCUGUUGUAUGCAUUACUGAGCCAUGGAGAGAGCCUCUUGUCUUCUGAUACACCAAUGGAGCCGUGCAUUGGGGACUUUGAAAAAUGGACAGAUACAGUGUUCCUUGUAGCAAAGGAGCUCUCUCAUGUCUCCAAAUCCUCCAUGGUGGAGCCGCUUUUCCUCCCAAGCAAUUUGCUUUCCUUAUUUUGCCGUUAUCUGGACAAGCAGACUAUUCAUAAACUAGAGGACAAAAUGGAAUGUCCUACUGCACCCCCCUACGCUGUUGUGCCUUCAUGAAAGAUGAAUAAAAAAUGAAGAGCUCAGCCUUUGCUUCGCUCACCAUGAACUGGUGUGUGUGGAGCUUCCGUUUUUGGAAAUUUAAAUAUUUAAUCCUGUUUUAAAGGAAGUUUUUGCUUUUGUUUCGUCAAACUGAUGUGACUUUCCAACUUGAAGGAGCAUGAGCAGGAGGGCCGAGAGGCUGUGCUGUGUUCCCUUUUGUGCUUGGAAUAAUUGCAAGAAAAUAAAUAUUGAUGUAAAAAAUAUGGGGGGUAUAAAUAAUGAAUGUAAUUUAUAUUUUUGUUUGUGAAUUUUGCACAGCAUUCACUUAUGCCAUGUACAGCACUUGCAAAAUAAAUGAAAAGAAAG